CGCGACUCGCGCGAUUCUAUACGCAUAACUCGCGUCUGCAGCUGUGUGUGCAUGUCGUCGCUAUAUACUAUCCUAUUAGCUCUGGUUUCUUGCUUGAUUGAGACAGCUGUCUUGAAGCUCUACUAGUAUGCGGAGAACUUGCCACUGGGAGCAGGCUUACUCUUUCUCUCUCUUUCUGUCUCUGCCCUUUUUGGAGACGGUCCUAGUACUGGAAGCGUUUGCGAUUGAUUGAUUUUUGUGUGGACGCUAAUACUCAAGUGUGUGCCUUCCGUCUCACACUGUCCCACUGUGUUGGCACAGCUCUAAUUUUAGCCUUGUUUACUUUUGCAUACAGGAUGAUAGGUUGAGUUGCUGAAAUUACACCCAACCAGUUGUUUAUUGAUUUAUGUCUUAUUCUGCAAUUGCAAGAGUCCAUAUUUCAUUUUCAAGGUGUAAACCAUGAGCUUGCCAACGACAGAAGAUACCACUGACCAUGCAGCUGCCAUUCCACCACCCGGUGUACAAACUAAAGAAUGGGUGAAGUUCGAGGAGGAAGCAACCCCUGGUGCUUCCUCUACCCCAAAGAAAGCUGAUCAUGGAGAAAACAAGCCAGAAACAAACAUUCCAGCUCUCAUCAAACCAGACUCUGUGACAGUAAAUGUCAGUAAAAUCAACAAAUCCUUGGAUCCAGGAGAGCGAGAGCACAAGAAGAAUGACAAUUACAGUGGAGCUGUUAUUGCAACCAAUUCUGUUCAAAUCAAUUUAGAUCGCUCUGGGAUGAAUCGUUCAGUGACAAAUGAAAUCCCAGAGCAUAACCUGCAGCCCUCUGCAGCAGGUGUUUUUAAUCCAAAAAGUGCCUCCUUGAAAACUAUAGAUUUGCGCGAUGCCUCCAAUGGCAGAAAUGUCAUAAGUACCCCUAUUGGUAAUAUUAGGCAAGGCUUUGCCAAUGGCGAUACUAUUGUUACUCUUUUACCGGUAAACACUAAGUGGCCUUGGAUAACUCCAGCUAGGUUUCGUCCAGAACUAGUACCUGAAGAAUUGAUGGCACAAGGUCUAACGCUGACAGUUGAAGAUUAUGUGCACAUAAUGGAGCUUCUUGUAAACGACGUUCGAUUCAACAUGUACAAUAUUUGUUACAAGAGGAUCCUUGUAGUAUGGAUAUUCACCGCAUUCGUGGUCUUAUUAGGAUUACUGUUCUCUGGAGUAACUGGACUUACAUUAUUUGGUCUAGGAGUCAUGUGGCUGGUCCUAAAUGCUGCUGCCAUAUUUUUAUGCAUGUUCAUAAAAAUCAAAUUAAAUCACAACCUUGAGAAGUGCAUGGCUCAAGUCAAUAAGCAUCUACUUCGGCAUAAAAUUAUUCUCGGCCUUGAUGACAGAGGAAAGAUAUCAUGUCACAAAGUCAAUUUAUGCUUCAUAUAUUUUGACACCACUGACUGCAUCAAAAAAUUACAAGAGGUAAUUGAGCGUGAGGAGCGGGAAGGAAGAGUAAUCAGUAACGACGAGAGCUCGAGAUCGCGACGUCAGCGUGAGCUGCAGCAGCGCAUGGACAUUGAUGACAGUGACAUCGUCAUUCAAGGCGCUACCACUACGCGAGUGUCGCGUAAACAGACCAAAAGCGAGCAAGUGUUCUGCCGCUACGCACAACGUUGGGCUAAGGACUACCUGCGCCGGCGUCUCGACUGGACGGUCGACGAGGAAGGUGGAAAUCCUUCUUCGCCCCGGCACUUGUCCUCCGGCCUCUGCCCUUGCCAGUAUAUUGAGGAAUGGUUGCGUAAUAAGACCCACGUCCAAGGCCGAGACUUCUGUCCCUCGUGGAGUAGUUUCCUCAGAGACAGGGGCAUUUAAGGCGUUUCGGAAUGACCGAUUGUCACAUCGACGACUGCGAGACGAUUCGUAUAUACAUAUAGGUAUAUGAGCGACGUUUGCGGAGAAACUGCCUUGUGCUGUAUUUACAUUGCUUUUACAUUGCUUAUUUGAUUUAUCGCGGUAGCACUUGACCGCUGCGCUAUUUAUAUAUCGCUAGAAAUUCCAGAUCUUAUGUAAUCGUAUAUGUAUUUUUAUAAGCAAUACAGUGCAGCUGUAAAUUCAAUUAAUCGAGAAAGCGAAAAACAUUGAUUUAUUGUAUCUUAUCACACGAGACAGCAUAAUACUUGACUUUUUCCGCAAACGCCGGCUCUUGGAUGAAUAAUACAAGAGCAAACAUGCUGUUUGACUGGAUGGAGAAAGCGCGAGAGAUCGAAGAGUAGGAUAGGAAAUGCCCUUUUUUCUUACGUGCAUAAAUGAAAGUAUAAAUACACAUAAUAUGUACUUAUAUGUACAUACAUAGUUUUUUCCAAUAUUCUUAUAGUUGGCUAGAAACACGGCUGCGCCCACUUUAAGAGUAAUUCAAUAACAUUUAAUGCUUUUAUUGCUCGGUAAUGCGAUACACGCGCUACGCAUUGUAAUUCAUGUACUUACAUUUCUUCUUUUUUUUCAAUGGGUUUCUUAUUGUACAGCGAGUAUAGGAUGCGGGUAACCUUGUGGAGAAUUUAUAAGACAGUCUUAUCUGCUAUAGCUAUCUCGAACGAGUCGUAAAAACAGGUACUACUAUAUAGGUGUAUAGGUGUACUUACGAUGAUUACUAAAACUUUGAUUUUUGGUUACGUUGUUCAAGACUCGCAAGAAUUUAACGAGCAUUCCAAUGUUUUUUCCUUUCAAUUUUAAAAAUCAACACGUCGAUCUUGUUUCUCCUCGUAACAUUGUGCAACUUUUCGCGCAGUUUUUCUAGUGCUGAUUAUUUUCAAUAUUUUUUCCACGAGCAAUUGUGCAAAUAUUUAGUUUCGGUGAGCGAAUCGAUGAUUCAUAAUAUUAAUAUCGAGGUGUGGGUUCUAGAGUGAUUACGCUAUUAAUCAAAACUUAUUUUACAAAAAUUACGCAUUUUCUUAAAGUAGUAUGAGUAGCUGUAAGGUUUUUAAAACAUUUUGAUUUUAUUUUUAUUUCCAUAUUGUUGUUUUGUUAUUGCAAAAUAAUGUACACUACGUAUUUAUAUGAGUAUUGUACUUAAAAAAGUACUACUAUAUAUAUUGUUAACAAAGAGAUAUUUUUGUAUAACAAAAAUUUUACAAUUUACACAAAUAAGGUAUACAUUUUUAAAUACUUGAACUAUUAACAAAUUAAGCUUGAAGGGGAUUAUCCUUCUCACAGCAAUUAGCUGUUGGUAUAUAGGAGCAAGGAGAAAUUCAUAAUCAUAAGCAAUCGAGGAAAGUGAUUCAAACGAAUGUACUUACUAUUUUUACAUUACGUAUAUGUAUAAGAAAAUGAAUUGAUGAAUUUCAGCGUACGAUAUUUCGUAUGAAGUAAUAUAAAUUUUUUAAACUUUUAGAUCCAAACGAUUUUUAACGAGUGAGAACUGUAACAUUCCGUCCAUUACUGCGUAGCAUUUUUGAAAUCAAAAUGAAAUUUUCAAAGAGCAUUAUAUUAUAAAUACUUGUUACACACGAAUUUUGUGCGAUGUAUAUGAAGGUCUCUUUGUCCAAAAGAGACUUUAAAUGUGUUGUUAUGGAAUAUCUUUAUUGUAAUUUUAAAUGACGUUGACGAGAAACUAUUUAGUAAAAGCUUAACGGUACGUUGAACUGUAUCGAGUGCUGCAUAUGUCGAGAAACGUGGACUUUCUCCGCUGACGAAGUCAGCAAGGAAAGUCGCGGAAAAAUUCCUGUAGUUUUAAAAUCUUUAACUAAUUAGGCUAGGAAAUCAAGAAAAUAAAGAGUUUCUAUUUCUCUACAA